UUGUUGGUGUUUAAAGUGUUUUAUUUCUGAAAUCAUGGUAAAGUGAUUCGUCCACAAAGUCAAAAGAAAAGAUAGGGAACGGUUUUGGGCAACAUGCGCGCCAAACAAGCCCACUUCUCUUUAUCCCGAUUUGUUUUCGCCUUUGUUGUGCCCCGUUUUGUUUACACUUUACACGAGCCGCAAGUGAAAUAAUUCGUAGCAAGUGCGACGAAUAGCCGUAAGAAAAACUUAAAAUGCGCUGUUUAUUCGAAGACUGUGUUAGUAAUAAGGCAAAAGAAGCCAAUACACAGGACGUGGCGGUGAGAUUUUAUCCAUUUCCCGUCACGGAUUAUGCUAGCGAUCAACUGCGACGGUUGGCCAAAAAGCGACUUUACUGGUGGUGCCGUGCCUGUGGCGUAGACUACACCGGGACCUUACUCAAUCAACUGGCCAUAUGCUCGAGACACUUUCUGCGGGGCACCAGUGCACCGCUUUGGGACGUUUACAAUCCCGACUGGGUGCCAAGUUUAUACAUUCCUUCCAGCAAAGUACAGCGGACAGUACCCCAACCCCACGAGUACGGCGAGUUCAUUGCGAACGAACAGUCGGCCGAGGAAUCGAUUGCCAAUCCGUUCUGGGACCAGAAACCGGACACGAAGGCGCUGCGAACUGAGUUGAUUGAUGAAAUCAUUGGCUACCAGAUUGGAGGUGCGUACGCAUUGCUGGAUGAAGGGCACGAUGUCCACACACCCAGAGUCGCCCCCUGCGACGUGUCCCGACUUCCCGAGGAGCUGAAAAGAUGUCUUUCACGCGAUUCCUCGCUGGGGAAGGUGGCGUAUGCUGAAGCGGCUCCAACCGUGCGCCCGGAACGCAUGUUUUCGGCCAACAGUGCCAUAACACCCGUAGACCUUGCAACGACGCCCCGCUCGGAAUCGGAACGCAUCCUCAUGAAGCUACAGCUCAGCGUCCUCGAGCUCAUAAACCUGCUAAACGAAACGGAAUGAGCAAACUGUGGAGCGUGUUAUUUGAUUUGAAAUCGAGUUUCUUUAUUUGCUAGUAAAAUUACGACAAAAA